GCAAUGACAUUUCCUCUCUCAAGAUCCAUAAUACUAAAGUAAUAAAUGACAUUAUUUUCAUUUUUGGGUGAACUAACCCUUUAAGAAAGAAGUUAAGAAAAUUCUUAAAGGCACAAUAUGUAAAUUUGCCACUAGAGGUCACCUAUUCAAAAGAAAGGCGUAGCAUGAUGACGGCGUGAUUGAGCGCGGAAUCAUGGGAGAUGUCGUCUUCACCUCACAGGAGGGGAAAACAAUCCAAUGGGACUCGGGCAGAAAUCAUGUUCAUGGAUGAUAUUAACGUUACUGUAGUAUGAAGCAGAGCAGGGGUGAGUGCUGUGGGAGCUGAAUGAGGCCGCUGGAGCGAUUGCUAAUGAGAGACGAGUGCAACACAUGGCAGCUUGAGAAAACUUUUAUUAUGCCGCUUCCGCUCAAGCGUAUGUGGGGUAACGCAGUGCUGUUUUAUCAUAUUAGAUACGUUUGAGUGUAUUUUUUUGGAACACACUUCAGCGUCAUCUUAACGAGACAAGCAAGGAGGUGCCUUCGUCUUUUUCCCCCUGGUUUACUGUUUACUUUAGUUUACUUUGACUGAUAAAGGGAGCUGUAAAGUAUUUUUGUUGAAGUACAAUGUCAUUUUGACCACAACAAAUCGAACUCUUAUAAAUAUUGCAGUAGUGUAGAAAAAUACUAUACAUUUAUUGGUAAAAUAGAACGCCUGACCUCAAACAACUUCCCUGUGCAAAGGAUCAUGGGGGCCCGAUAUAACGGAAGUGUCCGUUGCUCCCUAUGGAGGCCUCACGGAGCUAUCGGAUUUCAUCCAUGGUAUAUUUCGGAGUACCAUAUUGCCAUGAGACAUGGUAAAAAUGUUUGUUCUGAAGAUUAAUAAAGGACUUACGGGUGUGGAACGGCAUGAGGGUGAGUAAUAAAUGACAGAAUUUUCAUUUUUGGGUGAACUAGCCCUUUAAACACUGGAAACAUCUGCGAUAAUGUAAGUAGACAAGUUAACAAAAUAUAUAACACUGUUCUAGUGGUUUUUGGAUAUUUCAAUCCAAAAAUCUUACAGAUUGUGCCUUUAAGAUAAAUUGCCAAAGUUCGUAAGAAUAUUCCUAAGUGCAAUUCUUGAAAAAAUCUUCUCAGAUAUUUUCUUAAGAAAUCUUUUUUUUUUUUUCUUAAGAAGAACAUUUAAUGCGUUGGUGGUAUUUGAUUGAUAUGCUGGUGUUGCUGAAGAGUUUAGACCAUAGACUGCAGGUUUAGACUCGUUGAAUGAAAAACUCAAAACCCGUAGGCCAGGGAUGGGAACUUCAGUCCUGGAGGGCCACUGCCCAGCAGAGUUUAGCUCCAACCCUAAUCAAACACACCUGAACCAGCUAAUCAAGGUCUUUAGGAUUAGUAGAAAGUUAUAGGCAAGUGAGUUUUUAUCAGGGAUGGAGAGAAACUCUGCAGGACACUGGCCCUCCAGAACCGGAGUUGCCCAUCCCUGCCGUAGGCUAUUGUUUUCUGCUGGAAGAUUACCGUAGAUAUCAUAAUAAGCGCGCAACAUAUUUCGUACGACUGCCUUACAGGAGUCAAUCACUCAGCGUCGUGUUUUUAAUGUGCCGUGUCAAAUUAAAACUGUUAUUUUAAAAGAAUCGGUCUCAAUAAAAUGCAGCGGUGAGCGGUUAUUCAUUUGCACUUCGUCUUUUCUUGCGCUCUCUCUAGAGUGAAUGCAUCCUUUGUUUGUGUUCUGCUCAUUCUAGCGUGAGUGAGCGUUUUACUAUCUUAUUCCAUGAGUAUGGUACUAUGGUACAUACUCAUAUGGUACGUGCAUAUGAUUUCCUAAGUAACGCUUGUCACAACUGGCCUACUUAGUUUAUCUCUUUACAAUCCAAUACACCCACUCCUCCAUUGAGCACCAUCCAAUAGCAGCAGCUCUCGUAUGUAAACCGUGCAUUCCUUUACAAAUAAGUACUCAGGACCUAUGCUCAGGACCUACACCCAUAGACAUUAGUGUGCUCGCUCACAACGAGGAAAACACUGGCUUCAGGAGUCUUAACGACAGCAAUAAUCAGUUCUUCAAGUUAAACCAUGGCAGCCCCACCUGCAGCAAGCACCCACGGACCGUCCGCUCCUCCAGCAAACAUGUUUGAUACCGUCCCUGGAUAUGAAGGAACAGUGGCUGGUGGAGGAGGUGGAUAUCUUCCUCCUCCAAUGCCGUCUGUACCGAUGCCUGUGCCUGAACAAGCCCCCAGCCAACCAAACUGGGAUAUACCGUCCAUCUCAGAGGAGAGAGCACGUGAAGCUUUCGCAACGUACGUCUCCAGCAAGUGCUGCUAUAGUUCUUCCCCCGUCGAAGAAGGAGUUAUAACCAACAUGGAGUCCUUUAACACCUACAGGUAUCGUUUGGAGACGUUCACGGAGUCCAGAUCUACUGAAUGGAGUCAGGAGCCUUACACAGGGCAGCCUGUGGAUGCUGGUGUUCAACCUGCUUUAGGACCGUGGCAGAUCGCAGCUCAACCACCGGCCUUCUUUCAAGAGCACAAGCAGACCAUUCGAGUGCCAUACACUUCCUCAGUCAAGAACUGUCACUUGUGUCUUGGAAUGGGAAGAAACCCCUGUACCAGCUGUGCUGGAGCUGGAAACAAAGUCUGUUGGGUGUGUAACGGUUCUGGUUACCGUCAGACUGAUGAUCGCUGCUCGCAUUGUAAUGGGCGCGGACGUGAAAACUGUAGUUCAUGUAGCGGCAGCGGCUCUUCCCAGUGUGACACCUGCCAUGGAAAGAGACAGCUGCUCGUCUUCAUCAACCUCAUUGUUAAAUGGAGCACUGAGAAGGAUGAUUUCGUAGCGCAACAUUUGGCUGGUCUACAAGUGGAAAAGCUGGAGAAGGUUUCAGGGAAGGAGCUCUUCAAAGACGCCCAGUAUAUGGUCUAUCCAGUGAUGGGCUUCCCUGAUGUUUCUGUUGCACAAGCUUCUGAGCGCUUAGUAAGAGAGCAUCAGGGGAAAUACGCCCAAACCUCCCGCAUAUUACAACAGAGGCAGACAGUUGAGCUCAUUCCCAUUACCAAAGUGAGCUACAUGUGGAAAGGAAAAUCCCAUGUUUACUAUGUGUAUGGAAAUGAGUUUAAAGUGAACGCCGAUGACUAUCCUGCCACCUGCUGCUGUUCUGUCAUGUAACAUCUGAUACACCUGACCUCAUAUGCAGUAUAAGUCCAAUAUAAACGCUAUAUAUCCAUUAAUAUGAACAAAUGUAAUGAUUGUGGGAUGUAUUGGAAAAUAUACAUAUAGUUGACAGACACAAAACAAUAGGUCAUUGAUUAUGCAGCUUCUGUCUAUGUAGAUUUUUGUAACAUGUCAUCUGUCUCAAUCUGACCAAAUGUGAAUUACUAAACCUCUCUUAGAUUAAUGCAAUUUUUUUAGAAAAUUGUACAAUCUGCAAUAUAGCCUGCCAUAAAUCUAUAAUAAUGAUAUAAUAAACUGUGAGUUUAGAAAUAA